AUGUCAGCCACCAAGAAGCACGUUGUGUUCGACAUUGUCGGUACCAUCGUAACCUACGAUUCUAUCCUCAAUGCUCUCGAGAACAGACUCGGAGAUCGCCUCCGCGCUGAAGGUGUCAAACCCGCCAUGCUUGGCUACAUGUGGUUUGAGAUUUCAGAGCGAGAGUACACUUAUCUCAGCAUCACCGGGCGGUACCGCCGCUUCUACGAUGUCUUUUGCAGCCUUUUCUACCGCAUGAUAUGGAUCGGUGGCAUCAAGGAGCCCAGGUCCUUUGCCUCGGAUGAGGAUUUGGCCUACAUUGUCAAGCAUUUCAAGGAUCUUCCGCUGCGUGAAGGGGCUGCUGAGUGCCUGCAACUCCUCCGCGACGCCGGCUUCACUGUCUGGGGUUUCACUGCUGGCGACACAGAACAGGUGAGGGGAUGCUUCUUGAGUAAUGGCAUUGAAAUGCCAAUCGAGAAUUUCGUCUCGUGUGAUGAAGCUGGCGUCGGCAAGCCAGCACUCAACUCGUACCGACCCCUGUUGGAUCGACUUGGUGAUGCGGAGAAGUGGUUCGCGGCGGCGCACAUGUGGGACGUGUCUUCUGCGAAGCAAGCUGGAUACAAGGGUGCCUACUGCACCAUCUUGGAGAAGGAGUCGUGUGCCGACAUUUUCGGCGAGAUGGAUGUUAUGGCCGAUACGCUCCCCGAUAUGGCUCGCAGGAUCAUCAAGGCGUCCGAGGCCCAAUCAAAGCCAGGUCUUUUAAACUCUGUUCUCCCCCAUCCAAUGGCUUCCAACACAACUAAUCGUGCGCCAGUCGCGAAUCCCACAUCUUCCUUCUGGAAUUUUGAGCCCAAGAAGCUCGAUGACAAUCGAAGCACACUCGAGUUGCCCGCCAAGGCCGACGUCGUGAUUAUUGGGUCUGGUCUCUCUGGCGUGGCUACUGCAUACUUUCUCCUCAAGGACAACCCCAACCCUCCCUCGAUUGUGCUGCUCGAGGCGAGAAAGAUAUGCUCCGGUGCGACUGGGCGUAACGGCGGACAUGUCAAGCCCGACACCUUCUCGGAUAUUCCCAAGUUUACAAAGCUCUUCGGCAAGUCAGCGACGGCGGAACUUGCUGCUUUUGAGGCAUCGCAUGUCUACGCCGUCAAGGACCUUGUAGAGAAGGAGAACCUGGACUGUGAUUUCCACAUUACGAGAGCCUUGGACGUCUUUCUCGAUUCAGCGCACGCCGACGAAGUUCAGGCAACCUUCAAGAGUCUCUCUCAGACUUCUGACAUUAAUCUUGCCGAUGUCGCUUUCACUGGUCGAGAUGAUGCUGAAAGAGUUUCGGGGGUCAAGAACGCCAAAUGCUGCAUAUCGUACACGGCGGCUCAUCUGUGGCCUUCCAAGCUGGUGCAUCAAAUACUCGAAAAGCUUAUCAAGAGUGGGCUCAACAUUCAGGCCCACACACCAGUGACGUCGGUGUCAUCGACCCGAGACUCAAGUGGCCUCUGGUCUGUUCACACGUCCCGCGGAACCAUCAAGGCACCAAAGCUAGUUCACGCAGCAAACGCGUACACAUCGCAACUCCUCCCCGAGUAUUCACGGGCCAUCACCCCUGUUAGAGGUAUCUGUAGUCAUCUCGAGAGUCCCAAAGGCAAGAAAACUCCUCACCUUGUCAACACCUACGGUAUCAGAUUCGACAAGAUGAACAAUGACUAUCUCAUUCCUCGGGCGGAUGGAAGCAUCAUUGUGGGCGGUGCGAGGCAGGCGUUCUGGCAUAAGAAGCACCGAUGGUUCGACAAUGUGCGAGAUGACGAACUGGUGAACGAAGCGGUCCCUUAUUUCGACAACUACAUGCAGCGAAACUUCCGCGGGUGGGAGGAUAGCGAUAUGAAGACCAACAAGGUUUGGACUGGGAUCCUUGGCUACAGCUCAGAUUUUAUGCCUCAUGUUGGCCAAGUCCCGGAAAAACCUGGUCAGUUCAUCAUGGCAGGGUUUACAGGUUACGGUAUGCCCAAGAUCAUUCUAUCCAGCAAGGGCUUGGCUGCCAUGGUGCGCGAUGGCGCCACUUUCGAGGAGACAGGCUUGCCUAGGAUUUUCAAGACGACCAAGAAAAGAAACGAAGCCAAAUUAAGCCCGCUAGAAGAGUCCCUAGCGCCUUUCUGGGCCGAGAAGUCGAGGCUGUGA